CCAUUGAGGCCAAGGGCGACGUCGACGACGAUAUCGAGAUGGAGGAUGCCGACAGUCCCGCGCACAGGGAGGACGAGGAGAUGGACGUCGAUGCCGAGGGUGACCCUGACGGCGAUGACGAUGCGGAUGCGGAUGCGGAUGCGGAUGCCGACGCAGAUGCAGACGGCGAACUCGAUGAUAUGGAUGAGGAGACCCGACAGGAAGAGGAGUGGCGCAACCUGCUGCAACUUAUCAAAGACACGUCUGAGUACUUGUGUCGCUACACAAUCAAAGUCGACGGAGAGGACCACGAGAUCGCCUCGGGCUUCCAGCGUCUUGUCAACAAGCGCAGUCUCCCAGACUAUUUUGACGUGAUUAAGGAGCCAAUGGCUUUUAGCACCAUUCGGGCAAAACUCGGCAAGAAAACGUAUACUCGGUUCAACGAGUUUGUGCACGAUGUUACCCGCAUAUGCCACAAUGCGCAGGUAUACAACAGGCCCUCUGCACCCAUCUUCUCGGAUGCUGGCCGCCUGCUGGAAGUCUUUAAGGAGAAGCUUGCCGAGAUGGUCAAAGAGGGGGCCAUUUCUGCCGAAGAUGCUGCGCUUCCGGACCUCGGGCCUUUGCCCGAAUUCGAGGACUCGCCGGCCCCCGAAGACGACGAGGAAGAAGUAGAAGAGGAGGACGAGGAAGAGGAAGAAGACGAAGAGGACGAUGAUUCCGAUGACGAGGGCGGCCGCCGUCGGUCGGGAAGGCGCCGCCGGCAGUCAGGGGGUAGGAAAGGCGGGGAGGACGGCGAUAACGCGCAGAAGAGGCGCGGCAGACCGCCCAAGGUCUUUACGCCCCUGGAAGCCCGUAUUCAGGCCAUCUUGAAGGGUCUGCGCCGGUUCAAGAACGAGAGCGGCCAACUGCGCAUCCUCCACUUCGAGAGGCUCCCUGACAAGGCCGAGUUGCCAGACUACUACGACGCCAUCCGCAAUCCCAUUGCACUGGACACCAUCAAGAAGAAACACAAGCGCAAAAAGUACCAGUCCGUCGACCAGGCACUUUUGGACCUCCAGCUUAUGUUCGAGAACGCCAUACACUUCAACGAGGAGGGGAGCGAGGUUUAUCAGGAUGCUGUGGAGCUGGCAAACCAGGCUCGUCUGCUCGCCGAAGAGGAGAAGGCCAAGCCUGAUGAAGUCUUCCGAGACGAAGACGGGAGGCUGCCCAUGGAUAGUAUCGAGCAUCGCGGGGAGAUCUGGAAAGUGGGCGAUUGGGUCCACAUUCGAAACCCGAAUGAUCUGUCGAAGCCCAUUGUCGCCCAGAUCUACCGGACUUGGUCUGACGCGGCAGGCCAGAAGUGGGUAAAUGCGUGCUGGUACUACCGCCCCGAGCAGACAGUCCAUCGGUUUGACAAACACUUUUACGAAAAUGAGGUGGUCAAGACGGGCCAAUACCGCGACCACCGCAUCGACGAUGUUGAGGACCGCUGCUUCGUCAUGUUCAUCACCCGCUACCCUAGAGGCCGGCCGCGCGGGCUGCCGCUGGAUAAGUCGGUGUAUGUGUGCAAGGCCCGAUACAACGAGGAGAAGUUCAAGUUCAACGAGAUCAAGACUUGGACGAGCUGCUUGCCGGACGAGGUGCGUGAUAAGGAUUACGAGAUGGACCUGUUCGAUAUUCCGCGGAACCUGCGAAAGGUCCCGAGUCCAAUCAAGCAUCUGCUCCAGGCCGAUGCCAAAGAGACCGAUGACCUUCCGAAGCCGACCUGGAGAAGCCCGAACGCGCCGCCCCUGAUUGGAGCGGUGCAUCGUCGUCCUCGAGACCCGAAUGCAUCGCCUCCUCCAGAGCCGAAUCCACUGCCCGCUGCCGUUGCACCUGUGCCGCUCGCAAUUGCGCCCACUCAGGUCCCGAUCAAAGCCAACGUCGGUAUGGCAGGAACACCAACCUAUCACCAUCCCGUCGCCGCGGCCCCUGCACCUGCUCCGUCACCAUCUCAUUUCCAGAUGCAGCACUUUCAACCGCGACCUGUUCCACAGCCUGCUCCUCACCAAACACCAGUUCAUCUCCAACCGCAGCCACAGAUGGCCAUGCACGUGCCGCAACAUCCUGGCAUGGGACAAAUGCAGCCAAGCCCACACUUCCCACCACCCCAGGCGUACCCACCUCAAUAUGGAGGGCAGCCCCAAAUGGCUCCACAGCAGAUGCAAUACCAGACACCGGCCCACAUCGCGCCGGCUUUCGACCAGCAUCACCGACCGGUGCAUCCCGCACCUCAAGCCAUGACUCCAUCUCGCCAGCCCAUGGCGCCCGCGCCCAACAUGGCAACCAUGCCGCACGCCAACCCCGGCCACGUCUACAACGUCCCGCGCGCGCCCGAGGUGUACACACUCGCUGACCCCGUCGACGCGGCGAUCCCCGCCGACGUCCGCGCGCAGUUUCAGCGCGACGAGCAAGGGCGCGUCCUCUUCUUCACGGCGCCGCCCCUCGACCGCCCGACCAACGGCGUCGCCGAGCAGCACGCCGGGCUCGGCCACAGCGUCCGCCACCUGGCCUCCAUCAGCGAGCUCCGCGCCGAGCGUGCGCGCAAGCGCAAGGAGCGCGACGAGGCCCUCGCCCGCGAGCAGGAGGCCGACAAGAAGCUCGCCGCGCUCCGCGAGCGGGAGGCGCAGCACCGCGCCGAGGCCGAAGAGAAGAGCCAGGCCGACUUGCUCGAGAAAGUUCUGGUCGCCUGGGCCGCCGAGAUUGAUCGCGGCACCAAGGUUAUCGACGAUUCCCUGGGAGGGAUCGAGAACUGGGAUCGCAUGAUGGCGGAGGGCAGGGAGACUGCCAAGAACAUGACCAAGGAGGAGCGGCGCGUCAAGAACCUGGAGUGGUACCGUGACUGGUGCCGGGAGAGCGGCGCCAUGACCGAGGAGGAUGCGAAGAAGUUUGACGACUUGAUUCAGCGGAAGGGGUGGAAGGAGGAGUGGAAGAGGGAGGUGGAGAAGAGACGGGAAGCGUUGUGAACGUGUGGUAGUUUCCGUCUUCUACUCAUGUUCUUUUUUUCUUUCUUUAUUGGCUCGUUGGCUCACUUGGAACGGAUAGCGCUGGCAUGGGCUUGGCUGGGCUACGGCGUUGAUAACUACCUAUUGCUGUUGACUUGGUGUUGGGGCUGGGAGGAAAAUGUGCUCAGGAAUCCGGAACAGGGAUAUACCCCCUCUGCGCGGGCUGUUUCCAGGAGAAGGCCUACAACAGUCAAGAAAGAAACCUUUUGCUUGACAGGUUGGCACUUGUGUUAGGGGUGGGGGUAUGUACGAUUGCUGUAGGAAUGAGGAUUGCAAUUUAUGGAUAAUUAUCAGUUGGCGGUCGCCAUUGCCAUGUCCCUGCUGAGAGGUCUACCACUGGGGUAACACCGCAACACGAUGCUGCCCGGG